AUGGUGAUGCGAUGGCUGGUGCCCUUGGUGGCGCUCGAUUUGAUGCCGGGAGCGAGCGAAACGUUGGAAUGCGACGCGUCCGGAUGGCUCGACGCCGAAGGCAUGAAUAGGAUGACCGCUUCGGGCGAGACUUCGAUCGUGCGCUUCGACCGGCCGCCCUGCGCCGUCUGCGCGGAGCUCGACCCCCUGUUUGAAAUUAUGCGGACGCACUUCCCCGGCCGCGUGUGGCGCGUCGACUGCGCCGCGGCGCCCGGUCUCUGCGCGCCGGUCGACGGAGAUCUCCGAGGGCCGGAGAUCCGCGCGUGGACGGGCGAGGCGUUCGCGGCGUACGGCGGCGAGCGCAGCGCCGAGGCGCUCGUCGCGUGGGCGAAGCUCGUCCUCGCGCCGCCGCCGAAGACGGAGAAUUUCGCCGCCGCGGACUUCGAUCCCCGCGGCGACGACGACGCCGCCGCGACGCUCGCGCUGGAGCCGGGGCGGCUGCAGGCCUGGCCGGGGCGCCCGCUGCCCACGCGGGUCUUCGUUCCCCGAACGAAGGCCGGCAAGCGCCCGAUCCUCGUGUACCUCCACGGCACGCCGCACCCGGGCGCCCGCUUCGACGAUCCCGGCGGCGGGGGGGGAUCGUCGCUUCUCCGAGCGAAAGGUUUCGUCGCGAAGCUCGCGACGAACGCGACCUUCGCCGCGAAAUUUCCCUUCGUCGCGAUCGUGCCGUGCUCGGGCUGCCACGCCGACGGCACGUACGCGCCGCGCCCGCGCGGCGGUCCGCCGGCCGCGGGAAGCUACGGCUGGGUCCCCGACAACUUCGCGCGGAUCGACGCGAUCGUCGCCGCGGCCGCGCGCCACCUCGGCGGCGACCCCGCGCGCGUGCUGCUCACGGGCCAGUCGUACGGCGGCCGCGGCGUCUGGGCCUACGCGGCGGCGCGGCCCUCGACCUUCGCCGCCGUCGCGCCGAUCUGCGCGUCCAGCGGCCCGACGGCGCCGCUCGUCGCGGGGCUCUGCUGCGGCGACGCCGCCUGCUGCCCGCACGUCUGGGCCUUCCACGGGGCGAACGACGUCCGCGCCGACGUCGCGAACACGGACGCGUGGGUCGAGGCGCUCCGCGCGGACCCGCGGCGCCCGCCGUCCCAGGAGGUCCGCUACGCGCGCUACGACCCGGCGCCGCCCCUCGACGGGCCGUGGGAGGGCCACGGCGCCGACGGUCUCGCCUACGACGACGACGACUUCUGGGCCUGGCUCGCCGCCCGCGAGUGCCCCCCCUCGAACCACCUCAUCAUGGACCCGCGCACGGCCACGGACUACAGCCUCGCGUCCCCGCUCGACGUCGACGAGGACGGCUCCUUCACGAUCAACCAGCUGAAGCGGGGGUCCUCCGACGCGCCCUUCGAGCGCUUCUCCGAGACCGUGCGCGAGUACGUCGCCCUCUUCCUCUCCUCGACCUUCCUCAUCGCCUUCAUGGCCUUUGUGAUCGCGAUCUGCGCCAUGGACAAGGUCAACAAGAUGGGCGGCGGCGGCCCGCACGGCCCCGACGACCACUGGAAGAUGCGAUGCCAAAACCUGGGCACCGCGACCUACGGCGACGACGUCUUCUCCUACGGCGGCCACCACUACCAGGUCGUCGGCGGCCACUGGGCGAAGCUGACCUGGCGCAUGGCCGAGAUGGACGCCUGGAGCCGCUGCUACAAGGGCAAGGUCGGCAAGUUGGCCAUGGUCAACUCCGCGGAGGAGAACGAGAUGCUCGUGGCCAAGCUCCACGCGCACGGCGGCUACUCGUCGGUCGGGGGGGGCGACGCCGCCUGGCUCGGCGGCGCGGACCUCGAGACCGAGGGCACGUGGCAGUGGCUCGGCGAUUCGGGGUCCUACGCGGGCGAGACGUUCCUGAAGGGCAACGUGCCUUACAAGGGCGCCUACAACAACUUCCGGGCCGGCGAGCCCAACAACAACGGCGAGGAGGACUGCCUCAAGAUGGACCCCGACGGCCAGUGGGUCGACGACUCCUGCUACAAGCAGUACCAGUACUUCUUCGUCGAGUUCGAGAAGUAG